CCAAUUCGCUUUGUCGUUUUAAUUCUUUCUAUAACUUAUCCCUUCUUCAAUUAUGCUCCAAAAAGGAAUUUGAUUACCUCUGUGUGGAUGAUUUCUUCUUCUUCUUCUUCUUCUAAUCGGUUAUUGUGUUAUUUUCUUUGGUUUGCAGAAAUGGUCAUUAUGUAUUUUGUUUUCUACUGAAGAAAAGGGGUUCUGCUUGUUUACUUCUUUCUAUUUUUGGGUUCUUCGUUUUUUAUAUUGAAUGGUUACUGGUAGUUUUGUUUAUAGAGCUUUGUAGUGGAUAAUUGAUUGUGAUCAUUAUUCUUCUUUAUUUGUUUCACCUCCAAAGAAGGUAACUUGUUAUUGGUGGUUUGUCACAUGGAUUUAAUGAUGGCUUUUUCUGAGCUAUAUUGUCGCUUUACCGAAUUAAUAGACGUUUGUACUGUUUUGCGUUAUCUGUCUAGACUAUUUCUCUGUUUGCUGACAAACAAUAAAUUCUUUUUCAUUGAUUACCAGAGGUAGCGGAAACACGGUAGUGGGUUCAGAGUGAAAUGGUGGGUGAAGCUAAAUUGAGGAGUGAGGACUUGAACCAGUGUUUUGAGAGGCUGAUGAUGGUUGGCGGUGGGAAUAGUGCGAUUGCUGGUGGAAUUAGUCACGGAGGAGUGAAAUUGGAGGGAGUGGUCAUCACUGAGUGGAAAGAUAUCCCUAUGGAGCUUUUGCUGCGGAUUGUUUCUCUUGUUGAUGAUCGGACCAUUAUUAUGGCUUCUGGGGUUUGUAGUGGUUGGAGGGACGCUAUCUGUUUGGGCCUAACCCAUCUCUGUCUCUCUUGGUGCAAAAACAACAUGAACAACUUGCUUCUAUCUCUGGCUCCUAAAUUCACAAAACUGGAAACUCUAGUACUGCGACAAGAUAAACAACAACUUGAGGAUAAUGCUGUUGAGGCUAUUGCAAGCUACUGUCAUGAUUUGCAAGAUCUAGAUCUCAGCAAAAGUUCUAAGCUUAGUGAUCGUUCUCUAUAUGCAUUAGCUCACGGUUGUCCCAACCUUACUAAACUCAAUAUCAGUGGGUGUACAGCAUUUACAGAUGGUGCUCUUGAAUAUCUGACUCGAUUUUGCCGAAAAUUAAAAUCUUUGAAUCUUUGUGGAUGUGUAAAUGCUGCAACUGACCGUGCUUUGCAGGCUAUUGGACAAAAAUGCAGUGAGUUGCAAUCUCUGAAUCUGGGAUGGUGUGAGAAUGUGGGUGAUCUUGGAGUAAUGAGCUUAGCAUACGGAUGUCCUGAUCUCAGAACUCUUGAUUUAUGUGGAUGUGUCUAUAUAACAGACGAUAGCGUGAUUGCUUUGGCAUACAGAUGUCUCCAUUUGAGAUCCCUUGGUCUGUACUACUGUCGAAACAUCACAGAUAGAGCCAUCUAUUCACUGGUGCAUAGCCGAGUGAAGAACAAACCCCCACUGUGGCAAACCAUGAAGGGCAGGAGCGAUGAGGAAGGUUUAAGGAGUCUCAACAUCAGUCAAUGCACAGCACUCACCCCUCCCGCCGUUCAAGCACUUUGCGACUCAUUUCCUGCACUUCACACCUGCUCAGGUAGGCAUUCUCUUGUCAUGAGUGGCUGUUUAAGCUUGACAUCGGUGCACUGUGCCUGUGCAGUCCAAGCACACCGCACAAUGAGUUAUAUUCCUAAUCAAGCUCAUUAAGCACUUGAUCCUAAUCAAGCUCAUUGAGCACUUGAUUAAGUUUGAAGUUUCAAGUUCAUUCCUAAUCCAGCUCACUGAGCACUUCAUCAAGUUUGAAGUUUUGAGUUCGAUUCCAAUCCAGCUGAUUGAGCAGUGCAUCAAGUUCAAAGGAUCAAGUUUGUUUAGAAUCCCACUGAAAUAACUAUGCCCCUGCACAUAUAUGGUUGUGUUGAGAACUGGGCAGUUUGGCUGCAAAUGAGCAGCUUUUUUGUUGGAAAUAUGGUAUGUAUAGUUUGUCCUUGUGCUGCCCCUUUUUCGCUUUCUGAAUUACCCGGCGCGUUGGUCUAUUAAGAAGCCAAGUUUGUUGUUCUAUGCUAAUUUUUUUUCCUUUUCAUGCAUAACUUCUGUAAACAUUCACAUUUUACUUAAAAAAGAGGUUUUAUCGUGAUUGCACAA